GGGAUGGGGGGGUUUGAUUUAUGGAGCCGGAGCGGCUCCGAGAGCCGCCGUGAGACGGAGCCCUCCCGCCCUCCCCCGCGAUCGCGGCUCUGCUGGAGGGACGUUCAAAGAGGUGAAGGUCUGGAAACAAAAAAGUCGCGCCUGGGACACGAUUACGCAGCCGAUUCUGGCCCCAACCCGGAAGUUUAUGUCGCGAACACGUGUUGGUGGGAGGGUGGCAGGGCUGCAGCCGCCGACCCUCUGGCCCUCCCGCCGCCUCCCCUGGGGCUUCCCCGCCCGGCAGAGCCCUCCCGGGGCCCCGCAGCCUCAGGGGAGCUGAACCGCAGCGACAGACACGGCCUCAAAGUCCAGGGACUCAAACACAGGUUGCUAGGAGAUGGUGGAGCCAGGACAAGAUCUGUUGCUUGCUGCUUUGAGUGAGAGUGGAAUCAGUCCAAAUGAUCUCUUUGAUAUUGACUCUCCGGACGUGGUUCUUGCAAAUCCAGCACCAACUCCAGCUGUUCAGCAGUCAGUACCUCUUAGUGCCUUAGAACUGGGCCUGGAGGCUGAGGCUGCAGCUGCUGUGAAACAAGAACCAGAGACUGUUUCUACUCCAGCCUUAUUAAAUGUUCGGCAACCACCAUCCACCACAACCUUUGUGCUGAAUCAAAUAAAUCAGCUUCCAACCUUGGGGACUACAAUUGUGAUGACAAAAACGACGCCUGUCACCACCACCAGACAGACCAUCACUGUAGCCAAGAUCAUCCAGACCAGCACAACCACCCGGCCCUCGGUGGCAGCACCAGCAGUAAGAAAUGCCUUGACCACUGCACCUUCCAAGGACCAGAUUCAGCUGAAAGAUCUGCUCAAGAAUAAUAGUCUUAAUGAACUCAUGAAACUGAAGCCACCUCCUAAUAUUGCCCAACCAGUAGCAACAGCAGCAACUGACCUAAGCAAUGGUGCAGUGAAGAAGGAGGCUUCCACAAAAGAGGUAGCAAGAAUAUGGAUAAAUGACAUUAAAAUGAGAAGUUUCUCACCCACCGUGAAAGUGCCAGCAGUAAAAGAGGAGGAGGAACCUGAGGAAGAAGAUGAAGAAGAAAUGGGCCAUGCAGAGACUUAUGCUGAGUAUAUGCCAAUAAAAUUAAAAAUUGGGCUACGUCAUCCUGACCCAGUAGUGGAAACCAGCUCGUUGUCCAGCGUGACUCCUCCUGAUGUGUGGUACCAGACAUCAAUAUCUGAAGAAACAAUUGAUAGUGGCUGGUUGUCAGCUUUGCAACUUGAAGCAAUCACUUAUGCAGCCCAGCAACAUGAAACAUUCCUGCCCAAUGGAGACAGAGCUGGAUUCUUGAUAGGUGAUGGUGCUGGUGUAGGAAAAGGAAGGACCAUAGCUGGAAUAAUCUAUGAAAAUUACUUGUUAGGCAGAAAAAGAGCAGUCUGGUUUAGUGUGUCAAACGAUCUGAAAUAUGAUGCUGAAAGAGAUUUGAGAGAUAUUGGAGCAAAAAACAUAUUGGUUCAUUCAUUAAACAAGUUCAAGUAUGGGAAAAUCUCUUCCAAACAUAAUGGAAGCGUGAAGAAAGGUGUCAUCUUUGCUACCUAUUCUUCUCUUAUUGGGGAAAGUCAGUCUGGAGGGAAAUACAAAACCAGAUUAAAGCAGCUGCUUCACUGGUGUGGUGAAGACUUUGAUGGUGUUAUUGUAUUUGAUGAGUGUCAUAAAGCAAAGAACCUGUGUCCUGUUGGUUCAUCCAAACCAACAAAGACAGGUCUGGCCGUACUGGAGCUUCAAAAUAAACUUCCCAAAGCCAGGGUUGUUUAUGCCAGUGCCACAGGUGCAUCUGAGCCAAGAAACAUGGCAUAUAUGAACCGGCUUGGAAUUUGGGGUGAAGGAACUCCCUUUAGGGAAUUCAGUGAUUUUAUUCAGGCUGUUGAAAGAAGAGGUGUUGGUGCCAUGGAAAUAGUUGCUAUGGAUAUGAAGCUGAGAGGAAUGUACAUAGCAAGGCAGUUGAGCUUUUCAGGUGUAACUUUCAAAAUCGACGAAGUUCUGCUUUCACAGGAAUAUGUUAAAAUGUACAAUAAAUCUGUGAAACUGUGGGUCAGUGCUCGGGAGAGGUUUCAGCAGGCGGCCGAUCUCAUCGACGCCGAGCAACGCAUGAAGAAGUCCAUGUGGGGGCAGUUUUGGUCAGCACACCAGAGGUUUUUCAAGUACCUUUGCAUAGCCUCCAAGGUGAAGAGGGUGGUGCAGCUUGCUCGGGAGGAAAUCAAGAAUGGCAAAUGUGUUGUCAUUGGCCUGCAGUCAACGGGGGAAGCGAGAACAUUGGAAGCUUUGGAGGAAGGUGGAGGUGAACUGAAUGACUUUGUUUCCACAGCAAAAGGAGUAUUCCAGUCUCUUAUUGAAAAGCACUUUCCAGCUCCCGACAGGAAGAAGCUGUUUAGCUUGUUGGGAAUUGAUUUGACUGCUCAAAGUAACAACAAUUCACCCCGAGACAGCCCUUGCAAGGAGAACAAGAUAAAGAAACGAAAAGGUGAGGAGAUCAGCAGAGAAGCCAAGAAAGCUCGCAAGACAGGGGGCCUUGCAGGCAGCAGCUCUGAUGAGAGUGAGAGUGAGUCUGAUGCUUCAGAUAAUGAAGAAAGUGACAACGAGAGCUCCAAAUUCUUGAGUUCUGGAGAUGAUGAUGACUUCAACCCAUUCAGAGAUGAAUCCAGUGAGGAUGAUGAAGAUGAUCCCUGGCUCAUUAGAAAAGAGCAUAAAAAAAAUAAAGAAAAGAAGAAGAAGAAAAGCAUAGACCCAGACUCCAUUCAAAGUGCCUUACUAGCCUCUGGCCUGGGAUCCAAACGACCCAGCUGCUUCACUUCCACUGUUGGUACCACCACCUCGAGUACCAACACGUCUGCAAACAGCAACACAAACAGCAGCUUUGUAACGAGUCAGGAUGCUGUUGAAAGGGCCCAACAAAUGAAAAAAGAACUGCUGGAUAAACUGGAAAAGCUGGCUGAAGAUCUUCCACCUAAUACACUGGAUGAGCUUAUAGAUGAACUGGGUGGUCCUGAAAAUGUUGCAGAGAUGACGGGCCGCAAGGGGCGGGUUGUGAGCAACGACGACGGCAGCAUUUCCUAUGAGUCCAGGUCUGAGCUGGAUGUGCCUGUGGAAAUCCUGAACAUCACAGAAAAGCAGAGGUUCAUGGAUGGAGAUAAGAACAUUGCCAUCAUCUCGGAGGCUGCCAGCUCUGGGAUAUCAUUGCAAGCAGAUCGGAGAGCCAAGAACCAGAGACGGAGAGUUCACAUGACCCUGGAGCUGCCCUGGAGUGCAGACAGAGCAAUACAGCAGUUUGGAAGAACUCACAGAUCCAACCAAGUGACUGCUCCAGAGUAUGUGUUCCUCAUUUCUGAACUGGCAGGAGAGCAAAGAUUUGCAUCCAUAGUUGCAAAAAGACUGGAGAGCUUGGGAGCCCUUACCCACGGGGACAGAAGGGCCACAGAAACUCGAGACCUCAGCAGAUUCAAUUUUGACAACAAGUAUGGCAGAAAUGCUUUGGAGAUUGUUAUGAAAUCCAUUGUGAACUUGGACUCCCCAAUGGUCUCACCUCCUCCUGAUUUUCCUGGAGACUUCUUCAAAGAUGUUCGUCAGGGAUUGAUUGGCGUGGGCUUGAUAAAUGUAGAAGACAGAUCCGGAAUACUGACACUUGAUAAAGAUUAUAACAAUAUAGGGAAGUUUCUGAAUCGAAUUCUUGGAAUGGAAGUCCAUCAGCAGAACGCUUUGUUCCAGUACUUCUCUGACACGUUAAAUGCAGUUAUUCAAAAUGCUAAAAAGAAUGGGAGAUAUGACAUGGGCAUCUUGGAUUUGGGCUCUGGGGAUGAGAAAGUAAGGAAGGCAGAUGUUAAGAAGUUUUUAACUCCUGGAUAUUCUACCUCUGGACAUGUAGAGCUGUACACAAUCAGUGUGGAGAGAGGAAUGUCUUGGGAUGAAGCAACAAAGCUCUGGGCUGAACAGACAGGUCCAGAUGAUGGAUUUUAUUUAUCACUACAGAUAAGAAAUAACAAGAAAACAGCAAUUCUGGUAAAAGAAGUGAAUCCUAAAAAGAAGCUUUUUUUAGUAUACAGACCAAAUACUGGGAAACAACUCAAACUAGAAACAUGUGCAGACCUGAAAAAGAAAUAUAAGAAGGUACCCUCUGAGGAUGCUCUGCCACACUGGUUGGAGCAGUACAAUUCCUCUGCAGACACCUGCACCCACGCCUACUGGAGAGGCAAUUGUAAGAAGGCAGGUCUGGGACUGGUGUGUGAGGUGGGACUGCGCUGCCGGACCUACUACGUCCUGUGUGGCUCCGUGCUGAGCGUGUGGACAAAGGUGGAAGGAGUUCUGGCCUCUGUGAGUGGGACAAAUGUGAAGAUGCAGAUUGUUCGCCUGAGGACAGAGGAUGGGCAGAGGAUCGUAGGUUUGAUCAUUCCUGCAAAUUGUGUGUCGCCCCUCGUGAACCUCCUGUCGACGUCCGACCAGUCGCAGCAGCUGGCGGUGCAGCAGCAGCAGAUCUGGCAGCAGCACCACCCCCAGAGCAUCACCAACCUCAGCAACGCAUAGGAGGAGGACAAGCUACAGGUGUUGACUCUGGUGUUUUGAGGAAAAGGCUGUAAAAGCAUAUCACUUGCAUAAAAAUCAGGGACAGAUUCCAAAGAAAUAUAACUUUUUCAGUUCAGUUGUGUGCUCUCAAAUACUUUGGGAAUAAAGAGAUCUAAAAAGGUUGGUAGAACUGAAAGCCAGCAGUUGUUUAUGGUGGUGCAUCUGUCUUUCCUUAUGCUCUCUGUAGUGCUUCCUGUUUGCUUUUACUUUUGGCCUUUUAAGCUACAAACCACGAUUUGUUUGAAAACGCUUGAAAAUCCCCAAGCAGGCUUUAUUUUUAUCUUGUCAUACAGUGCUCAGGGUUUAACGCAGUGCAUCGAUGCCAUUGCUGUGGGAGAUCUCGAAUGCAUGUAUUGAGUAUAUAUAUAGAAAAUAUAUAUUGGGUUUUUCCUCUUCAAUUUGAGUUUAUAAAAGCAUGAAACCUAGAGAUUGCACAUCAUGCAUUCAGGUUCCUUCCCAGUUUCUGUUUGACAGUGCAUGUCUUUGGAAACGGGCAUGGGCAGGAUAAACACACGAGGCAGGAAUUCGGAGAGAAACACAAUCUUAGUUGUACAGCAUUGGUUAUUGCAUUUUUAUAGUGUUUAUACCCAGGUGUUGCAUUUUUUUUCUGGUUCUCUCCUGGGGGUUAUAUAUUUGAGUCUACAACAUGUUCUUUUUGUGAUAAACAUCUUAAAUUAAAAUUAAUUCAUUUUUAAUGUAUUAAUGGUAUUCCUAAUGUGUACUGCAAAGAUGGCUGGAUGCCUGUUUUUCCUUAAAUUGAAGCAUUUCCUUAAUCUGAGGUGGUUAUGGAAACUUAAGUGCAAAUUCACUUCCAUCUCGCAUACAAUCUUCUAUUUUUUACUUCAUUAACGUAAUUUAAUUUGUCACUUGUAAGAUGAAACCUUACUUGAGCUGUAAAUUAGAGAAUGGGAAACACUUGAGGGUUCCGCUGUAUGUGCUGUUUCUGUUACCCAGUAACUUGAAUACUGUUUAAUAUGUUGUAAGACAUUGUAGAGUUUAUCUGGAGCUGUUUAAAAGAAAUUGUAAUGUACAAAUGUGAAUAGUCACUUAUCUAUAAUAUGGGUAAGUUUUGUUUUGCCUAUAAUAGUAGAUGUUUAUAAGAAAGUGAAGGACAAUGUUUGUCAUUUCUUGCUUGCACAGGUUGCACUAUUGAAAAAUUGAGAUUGUAUAAACCUGUCCAAAAAAACUACAAGAUAAUGAUCUUGUAGAUGUCAAAUAAAAGUUAUUGUACUAACAAGAAGUGGAGUCUUGUUUAGGCAAUCACCGUAUUCCAAAAAAACUAACAAGUCUGUACAAUUGGAAUUUGACAGGACUUGGCAUGUUCCAGGCUGCUCUAACCGGGCUUCUGUCUUGCAGCCCAAAUCUCUCAGCUGAACUCGCUAAUGAGGCAAGAACUAAACUCUCUUUAAAGCUCCAAAUGUGUGUUUUAAGGAAGGCUCAGCUGCCAGAGCAGGAUCACUGCAGGGGUGGCACCUCCUGAGGGUCAGAAGGAGCUUCUCCGUAAAUAACGGGGCAGAAGUUCCGCAGCUUGAGGCUGCAGUGUGUUCCCUUCUGGGAAUUGUCUUCUUGAGGCUGCAGUGUGUUCCCUUAUGGAAUUGUUUCCCUUGAGGCUCAGUUAACUCUGCCUGUGCCACCAGCCCAGUGCUCACGGAGCCCCUGCUCGGCAGGGAAGGGAGUGUGCCCACCUCCCUCAGCUCCAGCCUGAGCUGGUUGGGAGAUUAAACCCCUGCUCAUGCUUGGGACUAACUGGGAAUACAGACCUGGAAUAAAUCCUCUGCUCCCUGUUGCUGUAGCACCUGCUGCAUCUCCGUAAAUCCCUGGAAUGCAGGUGGUGGGUGUUGGGAGCAAGGGAAGUGUGCCCAAGUGCUUGUCACAGCCCUGGCAAACUAUGGAGCACAGGGUGUGGGGAAGGAUGUUCCUGUGUUCCAUACUCACAAGUGCAUGGAUUUGGCAUCCAUUCCAAGAGCAGAGAUGGGAUUUUGAGGAGUGUGUUGACAGAUCACAACUGCAGCAGACAGGGAACCAAAGUGCCAGUGAGGGCAGGCUGGGUGGGGACUGCCCCGGCUCUGGCUCUUAAUUGUUAUUUGAUGUAGAAACUUCUGGGAUCUGAGAUGGUAACAAUGUUUUAGGUCUUGAGGGUCAGUGAGAUGGUUCUAGAAGUCCCAGGUUCACAGUUAGUGAUUUUCUUUUAAAUUUUUUAUCUUUUGAAAAAAAUUACUUGGACAUGCUCAGUUCCUAAGUGCUCUUCUCAGCCUGGUGUGCUCACUUUGCUUGCUGGGAUGAGCAAAUACUAGAUAUUCCCUGUAUUGAUAAUCAAACCACACUAUUUUAUUUCAGCCUCUUAAACUUCCCAUAGACUUGUGUCCCUUGGAGGGGGGAAAAAAGCUGACAGUACUUCCAAGAUCCAUAAGAACCGUUCCCAUUCCAGAAAUCUAUUCCUCCACUUGCUGUCCUUUGCCUGCUCUCUGCUACUUGCCACCAUCACUGCCUUGGCUUUGCCACCCAGUUACUAACACAGCUGCAGCCACGGCUCUGGACUGUUAAACAUCUUAAAGGUUAACAGCAAAAAAAAAAAAAGAAAAAAAAAAUAGCCUUCAAGCUCCAGCAACGUUUUCUCUCUUGAAAAUUCCUGCUCAGGUGGUUGGGGUGGGGGUUUUGGGCAGUUUGUUCCCUGCAUGAGCUGCUGCUCCAGCUUGGGGAGAAAAGGAGUAUAAAUAGCACUGGCUGGGGUGAGGAACAGUGAGUGGUGUCCCUUUGCAGCACUGCCCCUGAGACAAACAUCCUCCUGGGCAGGAAAGGAGACCAAUUGUCACAUCAUAUAAAUUACCAGGCAAGGAUGGUCUCUGUAUUUUCCUGCUUGUGGGGUAUUGAUCUGCUUUGUAAAAAUGAAGUACAAAAUGUUUGGCAUGUCUGGAGUGGGUAUAAAACUUACAGAGGGCAGAUGUCUCUGAUAAAGGGGCAAAGCCACGUGUGAAAUGAUGUCACCUUCUGUGCCAUGGGAGUUUUGAACUCGUGCUGCAGAAGGGGAAGGUACAUAAUUAAGUUGACUUGAGAACUGAAACCCAAAUUUUGGGGUUUCUUUUCUAAACUGUCCCUUGACAGCAACUAAAUUAUGACUUGUUAACUAUGUCUGACACAUUAACCUCCUAAAAUCCUCCUCCCACAGCAAGUUUUCCACUAUUUCCAGUGGUUCAUUGGGAUCACACACCUCUUGUAAGGACUUCCAAGUUCCCUGGAGAUGCGAGUUGUCUACUCUGUGUUUAGUAUUUUCUUUGUAAAUGAAGAAAUCUCUGCAACCUGUAAACGCUUGUCCAGUGAAUUACCCAGGGGAUUUGUAUUUUCCUUUUGCAUUUGGAAUAACUUCCUCUGCUCCAGCGCAGUCUGUACAUAUAUAGAGUCUGUAUGUAUAUAGAGGUGUUAAAGGCUACUGAAUAUUGAAUGUAAAUAA